AUGAGACGCCUGGACGACCUAGACAAUAGGGGCCGGAGGAACAACCUACAAAUUCGCCAGAUCCAACUGAAAUAUAUAGCAAACACUAUAACUUUUAUUCUUCAACGACCAGAAGAAUCUACCAUUUUAUUUGAUAGUGCUCACAGGGCCCUUAAACCUAAAGGCAUAUCAAAAGAGACGCCCAGAGACGUGAUCUGCAGAGUACAUUAUUUCACACUCAAAAAAGAGAUUCAAUGCAAAGCACGCACCUCCUCAAUCCGGAAGGAGUCAACAUACAGAUCUUCCCUAACCUCUCCUAGGCCAUGCUGCAAGGAAGAAGAGCACUCCGACCCCUCACUCUGGCCUUGCAAGAGGAAAGCAUUACAUACAGAUGAGGAUAUCUAUUCUCCCUGA